CAACUCAUUCAGUGCUCCACCAACCCCUCUUCUUUCUCUUCCCAUUCACCUCCAAAAGUCAGCGCCACCAUUUUUUUUUUCUCAGGAAAACAAAAACUACACUCUCUUUGCUCUGCAUACAUGGAUGAGGACUGGGAUCUCUUCGCCAUCGUGAGAAGCUGCCAAUCAAAUACUUCCACCGCAGCAAUUCCAGAAACCACCACCAAUACUACUUCAUCUUCUCUCCUCACUUCCAUUGUAGAGGAAGAUAGAUACGAUGCAUUUUCCUUUCCCAAUACAGUGGAACCCAUAACCAACGACUUCCACGAGCUGCACCAAUUGUUUUCACCCUUUAACCCCACCACUACCCUUAGUGCUCCUGGCAUCAAUCCUAAUUCCCCUUAUUUUGCACAACAGGAAAGCCAGCAAAUCAGUGACCACCUUCCCCUUUGGCCUCAUUUUGUGCCAGAACCCUCCACCCCCAGCUUCAAUAGAUUCCCUCACCAUCAACAACACCAACACAAUCAACUACACUCACUUCACAAACACGAAUUUCAUACACCCCACAACAAUUCACCCACACUUUCACCAAACACACAACCUCAAACACCCAAAUCAAGAAAAAGAAAAAGCCAACAGAAGAAAAUGGUGUGCCAGGUAACCGCAGAUAACCUCUCGGCAGAUUUGUGGGCAUGGCGAAAAUACGGACAAAAACCAAUUAAGGGUUCUCCUUAUCCAAGGAAUUACUAUAGGUGUAGCAGCUCCAAAGGUUGUAUGGCUCGAAAACAAGUUGAACGGAGUAACACCGAAACCGAUAUGUUCAUCGUUACGUACACCGGCGACCACUCGCAUCCCCGGCCAACCCAUCGGAACUCGCUCGCCGGAAGUACUCGAAGUAAAAAUCCGACGACGAAUCCGCCGGCUUUACCCGGGUCACUCUCCUUCCAAGCCGCCCCCUUUUCUUCUUCUUCUUCUCCGCCACUCUCUCCAACGUCGCCGUCGGAAGAUCCACAGGAAGCCGGCGAUGUGGAACCUGACCCGGACAUGGAAACCGACAUGGACGAUGACGGUGACAUCCGAUGACCCCAUCACCGCCUUCUUGUGCAGCAAGUUUUGCAUCGAAGUGACGUCGUCUCGUACUCUGGCUGGAAGAAAAAAAACCGGUUGGGUUUUGACUUCUUUCGAACCGGUUUCAAAUCAUGUGCUGUUCGGAUCUCCUGGACCGGUUUCAGUUCACGUGAUUGCGCCGUUGAAUUAUUACCUUCAUCGGUGACCGUAGGAUCAUAAUUGUAUGUGGAUCGUCUGAUUCUCAUCCUCCAAAUCGAAGCCGUCACAGUUGGAUCCUUGGCGUAGUUUUGUUCCUCGAGAAUCUGCCACCUAAGAUCAGCCACGUGGGUAACCUCAGACCUAGUAUCUGCCACGUAAUUUUAUAGCUUUUAUACAUCAAAUUUUAUUUCCUCAGUAAAUAUAAUGAAAAUGAUUGUUAUUAAUAAACAAUAAGAAUGAUCAAUAAAGAGAAUAAAUUUAAUGUAUAAUUCAAUUCAACCAAGUAAAUUGAAUAAAUUAUUUUUCUAAUACGCGUGAUUAGGUUGAAAGGAUCUUAUAUUAAGAAUGAGAAUAAGGAAAUAACAAAUACAUUAUCAAGAAAACAAAACAGAGAUUAUUUUUUGUUUAAUAAGAUUGGUGAAAAAGUCAAACCUAGAAGUUUCUACAUCAUUGUGCACACGGCAAAACAUGACGCCGGAGCACAUACAAUCUAAAAUUGAUACGAAGUUUAAUCUGAAUUUCUGUGAUAUUUUUUAAACAUUAUGAUUCCGAUUGUGUAAAUAAGGCAAAAUACAAAUGUUUCAUACCCACCCAAAUGAAAGUUAUGGGUUUCAGGUUGAUUGUGAUAUAUUCUUGGGACCAAUUUCUCUAAACUUUUCUUAUAAGCAUGUUUGAUUCAUAGAUUUUAAUGUAGCUUGGUUAAACUCAGCAUUUGGUGGUGAAACUAAACCUAACAAGAUAGGAUCAAAUUUCGAGAAGAAGGAAAGAAGAAUGAUGUGUUUUACGAUGAGUGUUGAAGAGGGUGAACGUGAUACAUCAAAUGCUUUUGUUAAAUGGUGGUUACAUGACGCAAUGCAACAUGGACGUUAAGUCUAAA